AGUGAGGCAGUAAGGCGCAAAUUGGAUAAUAUGGAUUGAAGAUGCGUAGUUUGGUGCAGAAUGUGCAUUCAAUUGGGUUUGGGUGUUUGAGAAGCUGAAAAAUGUGGGCAUAUAUUCAUGUUCUUGAUGAGCUCUUCAUUUGUGUUAUGCGAUAACUUAAUCUUGUAUAAUCAGAAACUGCUUUUGAACUCUUUCGUCCCGCAUGGUUCAUCCAAUUUUGUGAUUCAGUUGGGCAGCAAGUCGAGGAGGCUUAAUAAUAGGUUCAUUUCUAAAGCGGAAAAGCAUAAUAAUAGUGGCCAUUCAAGGAAAAACAGUUGGUGGCAGAAUUUUUUUUUCCAAGACGAUGGGAAUUGGCUUGGUUUGAAGGACGAUGAUAUGCUUGAGGGUGAGGGUGAGUCAGAGAGGUCGAGCACACAAGAGUUAUCUGAGGAUGAAAAGUUUGAGGCAUGGAAGCAGAGAGCUGAAGCAAUUAUAGAGUUAAGGGAAGCCCAAGAAGAUAGGAGGAACGAAGACCACAGAAAAUGGGAAGAUUGGCUUUUGGAUGGGACUGAUGUGGAGGAUAAUAGUUCUUCUUGGAGUCAAGACUGGGAGAAGGGUAUGAAGGAUUAUAGGGAAAAUGUGCGAGCUGAUUCCGCUGAUGUUGCCCCCGAAAAUGAAAAGGGGCUCGUAGAGUCUGUUAGGUAUUUGAUUUUUGGAGGGGAAGAUGAUGAUGACAUGCUUUAUGAAGACCGUGUUUUCCAGUAUGCAUCAUCGAAUUCGGCUAAAUUUUUGGCAGUGUUGAUUAUUAUACCUUGGGCAAUGGACUUUCUGGUUCAUGACUAUAUACUUAUGCCUUUUUUAGACAGAUAUGUGAAGACAGUACCACUUGCAGCACAAGUGCUUGAUGUGAGAAGAUAUCAAAAACUUAAAAUAAUCGAGGAAUUAAGAACUGAGAAAGGGCGAUUUGAGCUUGAGGUAGAGAUUGGUAAAUCUCCACCACUUUCUGAUGAUGAGAUUUGGUGGGAAUUAAGGCAUAAAGCAUUAGAGUUGAGAGAUGACUGGAGACUGGAGAAUCGAAGAGCUUUUGCCAACAUAUGGUCAGAUAUGGUUUACGGGAUCUCUUUAUUUAUUCUUUUAUACUUCAAUAAGAGUAAAGUAGCACUGCUCAAAUUUACUGGUUAUAAAAUAAUAAAUAAUAUUUCAGAUACUGGGAAGGCGUUUCUGAUUAUACUUAUCACAGAUAUCUUCCUAGGGUAUCAUUCUGAAUCUGGUUGGCAAACUUUGCUAGAGAUAAUUGUUGAGCACUAUGGGCUUGAAGCUGAUCAGUCUGCUAUAACUAUUUUUGUCUGCCUGGUCCCAGUUAUCAUUGAUGCAUGCGUGAAACUUUGGCUGUUUAAAUUCCUCCCACGAUUAUCGCCAAAGGUGACGAAUAUAUUCCAGGAAAUGAAACGUCACUAGUUGAAAAUUUAUGUCUGUGAAAGCCGUGUGCACUGGUUUUGUCAACUGACACAUUUUUCAGUCUUUCGCUCUAUAACCACGUAUUCUUGUACCCAUUUCUUUAUAUUGCAAUGUCCAGCAUUUUGUGUAAUAAUGACUGUUCAAUGAGUUCAGCUACCAGUUUAUGUUUCUCAUUUGCUAAGAAUGGUGACAAGUAUUAAUUCUCAAUAAAUUAUAACCGUUAGAUUGGUUAUAUUCACAA